UUCCGCGUUCGAUAUGCACCAGGUGUCAAGCGCCGAAUAGUUGAUAAACUCAGUCAUGUUACCAAGGACCCCAUUUAGUGAUCCCCCACUCUUCGCCGCUACUUAUCGCUGUCUCUCUGAUGUCCUUAGACGCCUCUGAUGCCAAUCAUCGUAACGGGUGCCUUUCUCUAAGACGCCUGUUCAAGUUCAAACCUCGACGCAUACCUAAGAGUUCCUCCAAACAAGCUAACACAUCCCAGAUAUAUGAUCAGACACUAAAGGCGCCUGAUUCAGAAAGGGACGUCGAUCUUACAGAUCUGACUUCCCGCGUGUUUUACGAUACGUGCUGUGACUUUGGAAGCAGCAAAUUCAAUACUGCAGCAUGCCAGUGGGAUGCUCCUCCCGUUUAUUCAGAUCUGCCUUCUCCUGGUGGUUCUAUACGUGCAGAAAUCAGGCACACUAUCGAAACCAUGGUCGACACACUCGAUUCCUCCCUACGAUAUCUAAGUGUCCAGAUUCACAGCCACCCAGAAUUGAUGUUUGAAGAAAUAUUUGCACACAAUCUCCUGUCUGAUUAUAUGGAAAACCACGGGUUUUCCGUGACGAGGCAUUACCUCGGUCUCAAGACUGCUUGGAGGGCUGAAUACACCCACGGAAAGGGAGGUAGAACCAUUGGAAUUAACUCGGAGAUGGACGCAUUACCCGUGAUUGGGCAUGCCUGUGGCCACAACCUCAUUGCAAUCAGUGGGGUAGGCGUGGCAUUAGCCAUAAAAUCCGCACUGGAAACCUACAACGUUCCUGGCACAGUCGUUCUUCUAGGAACCCCAGCUGAAGAAGGUGGCGGAGGAAAGAUUAUCCUGCUUGAGCGAGGAGCCUACAAAGGGAUGGAUGCUUGUUUAAUGUGUCAUCCUUCCCCUGGACCCGAGCUGUCUUCGUUUGUGGUAUCUUCACUGGCGAUGCAAUCUAUAGAUGCCGAGUUCUUUGGGCAAUCCGCUCAUGCUGGAGAUGCUCCAUGGGAAGGCGCCAACGCACUUGAUGCUGCGUUCUUAGCAUACUCCAGUGUCUCCGUAUUACGGCAGCAGAUUAAACCUGACCACAGAGUGCAUGGCGUCAUAAAUGGCAGCGAGAGAGCUGCGAAUGUGAUCCCUGACUACGCCAAAAUGAGGUGGUAUGUCCGAGCGCCGACACAAGACCAGUUAGCGAAACUGACAGCAAGAGUGUCCGCCUGUUUUGAGGGUGCCGCGUUGGCGACUUCCUGCCGUCUCAAGCUCACGAAGAACACGCCCUAUUAUGAUUUACGGCAGAAUAACAUCCUCGCGGGUGCCUUCUCUCAAGCAAUGAAUGAACAAUCUGGCAUGCAUGUCGGGCAAUAUCCCUCAGGGGCGUCCACAGAUUUUGGCAACGUUUCAUACGUCUUGCCCUCGCUACAUCCAGCUUUUGCCAUCCCUACACGGCCCAAUGGGGGAAAUCAUUCGCCAGCAUUCGCUGAUUCUGCGCGAACCACGGAAGCCCACAAAGCAUGUAUGAUUACCACCAAGGCCUUGGCGUGUACGGGCUUCCGUGUCCUGGAUGACAACGUUUUUUUCAAGCGGGUACGAGAGGCCUUUGAGGCCAGCCUUUGAUGCGAUCCAUAACGGAGAGCUUAUUAGAGUGUGUACGUUUGAAUGUGGAUUUAGGUUCAGAGAUAGGUGACUACCACACCGUGUAUGUACUUAUAUGUAGA